AUGAAGGAACCGUUUCUUGAGAACAUGGAUUUGGAGAGGGAAAGAGGCAUCACUAUUAAACUUCAGGCAGCUCGUAUGCGCUAUGUGUUUGAAAAUAAACCAUAUUGCUUAAAUUUGAUAGAUACUCCAGGACACGUUGACUUCUCGUACGAGGUUUCUCGAUCGCUUGCUGCAUGUGAGGGUGCUCUCCUUGUGGUAGAUGCUUCUCAAGAGGUUUCAAUCUACUAUCAGGGAAUAUCCCAAUUGAUGUUUUUGAUGUUUGUUUCACUCAUUGAAAUAUCAUUGCCAUUGAAUAAAAUUGAUGGAACAAUUGGUGAUGGAAUUGUGAAUCUUGCAAAUCUCACAGUUUUGGAGCUUUACCCCAAUCAGUUGACAGGUUCUAUUCCUAAGGAUAUUGGUAAGCUUUUGAAAUUGGAAAAAUUGCUUCUUCAUGUCAACAAUUUGACUGGUACGAUUCCGCCAGCUAUCACCCUCCGUUUCCGCGUAAGUUUCUGCACAUACUCCUCAAUCAUGUAG